AUGGAGCGCUACAAGAAGCUGGACAAAAUAGGGGAAGGGACUUACGGAGUGGUUUAUAAAGCCCAAGACACAAAUGGAAAUCUUUGCGCCUUAAAGAAGAUUCGCCUCGAGGCCGAAGACGAGGGCAUUCCCUCCACAGCAAUUCGCGAAAUUUCUCUCCUCAAAGAACUCCACCACCCCAAUAUUGUCCGCCUGAUGGACGUAGUGCACACUGACAAGCGCUUGACUCUGGUUUUUGAAUAUUUGGACCAGGACUUGAAAGAAGUUCUAGACGACUGCCGACCUUCGGGCCUGGAGCCACAAGUUGUUAAGUCUUUUCUUUAUCAGCUUCUUAAAGGCAUUGCCUACUGCCACCAGCACAGAGUUCUCCACCGCGACUUGAAACCUCAAAACCUCCUCAUAAGCAGAGACGGAACCCUGAAGCUCGCGGACUUCGGUCUUGCAAGGGCCUUCGGAAUCCCCGUGAGGGCCUACACCCACGAAGUCGUCACGCUCUGGUACAGAGCCCCCGACGUUUUGAUGGGCAGCAACACUUACUCCACUCCCGUCGACAUUUGGAGCAUCGGCUGCAUUUUCGCAGAAAUGGUAAAUGGGCGGCCUCUUUUCCCUGGGGCGAACAAUGAAGACCAACUCCACAGAAUCUUUAAACUCCUCG